CCGGGAGGACGCUGGGCGGGAAGCAGAGGUUCCGGGUUCUGGGUACUGGUAUAAAAGGAGGUAACGCAGGUGAGAAAGACCUGCAGGUGGGGAAACUCUGAGGUAUUCGUAGCCCCAGCUCGGUACAGCGAAGGCUGGAGAGAAGGCGAAGACGCAGAAGAACCGGACAGACAGUUGGCAGAGAGGGAAGUUGGCUACCAUGGAAUCACCAGAGGAGCCUGGAGCAUCCAUGGAUGAGAAUUACUUUGUGAACUACACUUUCAAAGACCGGUCCCACUCAGGCCGAGUGGCUCAGGGCAUCAUGAAACUGUGUUUAGAGGAGGAGCUCUUUGCUGAUGUCACCAUUUCUGUGGAAGGCCGAGAGUUUCAGCUCCACCGGCUGGUCCUGUCAGCUCAGAGCUGCUUCUUCCGGUCCAUGUUCACUUCCAACUUGAAGGAGGCCCACAACCGGGUGAUAGUGCUACAAGAUGUCAGUGCGUCUGUUUUUCAGCUCCUGGUUGAUUAUAUCUACCAUGGGACUGUGAAACUUCGAGCUGAUGAGCUGCAAGAAAUUUAUGAGGUGUCAGACAUGUAUCAGCUAACAUCUCUCUUUGAGGAAUGUUCUCGGUUUUUGGCACGCACAGUGCAAGUGGGAAACUGCCUUCAGGUGAUGUGGCUUGCAGAUAGGCAUAGUGAUCCUGAGCUCUACACUGCUGCCAAGCACUGUGCCAAGACCCAUCUGGCCCAGCUGCAGAGCACAGAGGAAUUUUUCCACCUGCCCCACCAUCUACUCACUGAUAUCAUCUCAGAUGGGGUUCCAUGUUCCCAGAACCCAACAGAGGCAAUAGAAGCCUGGAUCAACUUCAAUAAAGAAGAAAGAGAGGCUUUUGCAGAGUCACUCAGGACUAGCUUGAAGGAAAUUGGGGAGAAUGUGCACAUUUACCUUAUCGGGAAAGAGUCUUCUCGUACCCACUCGUUGGCUGUGUCCUUGCACUGUGCAGAAGAUGACUCCAUCAGUGUAAGUGGCCAAAACAGCUUGUGCCACCAGAUUACUGCAGCCUGCAAGCAUGGUGGAGACUUGUAUGUGGUUGGAGGGUCCAUUCCACGGCGCAUGUGGAAAUGCAACAAUGCCACUGUUGACUGGGAGUGGUGUGCACCUUUGCCCCGGGACCGCCUCCAGCACACUCUGGUAUCUGUGCCCGGGAAAGAUGCCAUCUAUUCACUGGGUGGCAAGACACUACAGGAUACCCUCUCCAAUGCAGUCAUCUAUUAUCGGGUAGGUGAUAAUGUGUGGACAGAAACAACUCAGCUAGAGGUGGCUGUGUCAGGGGCUGCCGGUGCCAACCUCAAUGGAAUAAUCUACUUACUAGGGGGCGAGGAAAAUGAUCUGGACUUCUUUACCAAACCUUCUCGACUUAUCCAGUGCUUUGACACAGAGACAGACAAGUGCCAUGUGAAGCCCUACGUGCUGCCCUUUGCAGGCUGCAUGCACGCAGCUGUACAUAAGGAUCUGGUGUUCAUCGUGGCUGAAGGGGACUCCCUGGUGUGCUACAAUCCUUUGCUAGACAGUUUUACCCGGCUUUGUCUUCCUGAGGCCUGGAGCUCUGCCCCAUCCCUCUGGAAGAUUGCCAGCUGUAAUGGGAGCAUCUACGUCUUCCGGGACCGAUAUAAGAAGGGGGAUGCCAACACCUAUAAGCUUGACCCUGCCACUUCAGCUGUAACUGUCACAAGAGGCAUUAAGGUGCUGCUUACCAAUUUGCAGUUUGUGUUGGCCUAAGGCAGGGAGGGGGAGAGCAGCCAGCUUCUCUGCCCUCCCAUUCUCUGCACAUCCCCAGUCAAAUUAGAAAUUCUCCAGGGCCCAAUCCAGAGUAAUGUUAGUCUGGGCCCAUCUUUGAAAGACAGCACUGAGCCCAUCCCUAAACUCAUAGGGAGUGUUCUGUUUGGGGCUCUUUAAACUGCUGCUGCUCAGUGGGCUGCUUGGACUCUGCUGUCCUCAGCAAUCCUGUGCCUCACUUCAGAUUGCUUACAGCCAGCUCCUCUCAGACUUAGGCAUAGCCUCCCCUUUACCUGAUCAGUGUUAAGUAGAAGCACCUUGUUUCCCAUGCAGGAAGAAGAGACCCAUUCCUUUUUUCUAUAGCCAGCAAAACUGCUACUUGUCAAUUUUCCACAAUGAAGUAUUAGAGUUUUACCUUCAGGAUUUGGAUGGCACAGUGAACUCAGCUAAGAAUGUACUUCACCAGCAAGAAUCAGCUCUAUAAUUCAGGAUGUUCCUUUGUUUUCUCAUUUAACUGUCAGGAAAAUAAACUUUGGUUGUAUUUUUUGGCUUAUUCAAACUGAUAAGCCAGAAAAUAGUAACAAUUAUUUCUGAUUAAUAGCAGAAACUGUUUUUCAAACUUAAAUAUUCAAGAUCUCUGGUCUUUUUAAAGCUCUAAGCUAAAUCAAGAGUUAGGAACUGUUCAUACAAAUAAAGUUUUUGAAGGGA